AUGUCCCGUUGGUUGAAGAAGGGACUUCAAUCGGCAAAGGGCCAUCUUGCGGACGCAACACAAGCUACACAACAUAAUGUGCAGAAAUUUGCUCAGGCCAACGCAGCGUCAUCUCCUCUCGUCGAAGGCUACUAUGAAGCCCGCGCCCACGAAAGGUUCAACGACGGACGUUACGAGGCGAUUCGACGGCUGGGCACAGGACAGUAUUCCCAUGUUUGGCUGGCCGACGACUUGCAUAGAAACAGCGAAAACUCGCAAGUGGCCCUGAAGCUCUUGACUACGGAUUGCUAUGGAGGCGAUCAUGAUAUUUUUGAGGUUGAGAUACUCAACAGAAUCGCUGAGCAACAGCGCCUCCUGUCGAAUGCGGCACGUAACUCCCAUGUGAUCGGUUCUUUGGAUAGUUUUCGGCUUCGUGGCCCGGCCGGAGAGCACAGGUGUAUCGUGAUGCCGGUGUUGGGGUCUAGUCUUGGACAACAGGUGCACCGCUUCCCAAAUCGCCGGAUUCCCGUAAAGACAACGAAGGAGAUCGUGAAGCAAUUGUUACAGGGAAUGGCCUCGGGUGAAUCUGCGGACAGCGUGACACCUACUAUUGACAGCACAAUUGGCAAGUUUACUGACCUUUCCGAAGCAUCCUGGGUGGAUAAACAUCUCAGUGACCGUAUCCAACCAGAGCACUUGAGGGCUCCAGAGGUUUUCCUCGGCGCUCCAUGGGGCCCGCCGUGUGACAUAUGGAGCUUAGGCUGCCUCAUCGUCGAGUUCAUCCAAGGAUUUGUCUUGUUCGACGGGAAGGCUUCUCAGCGCGGGACUUGGACUUCGGAAGAUGAUCACCUCGCUCAACAUAUGGAGGUCCUCGGUCCGAUGCCGUCUGAGCUUCUGUAG